GGAGGACAGUCAGACACAGAGGAGCAGGCUGUCAAUGGGGAGGAUAAACUUCACCUUUUAACCUGUUUUUAUAAGCCAAGAGAUGGACAGCACGGUGACAGACAGGAGGGACGAGCCGCACACAGACUUCAUUUACUGCUGUGGAGCCGCCACAGAGGUCCUUAAAUUUGGCUCCUGUCACUUACAGUCAGGACACAAGGUGCUCUUUCUCAUCAUUCCAGGUAACCCAGGUGUCGUCGGUUUUUACAGAACCUUCAUGCAGACGAUUCACAGCAUGUUUGGAUACAGUCACCCAGUGUGGGCUGUAAGCCACGCUGGCCACUGUGUGCCCCCAGUCUCCAUGGACAUGGUCGAAGACGCCUCCUCAGCAGCUGAGAACGACGUGUUUGGUCUGAACGGGCAGAUCGAGCACAAGCUGGCAUUCAUCAGGAAACACGUGCCCAUAGAAACCAGCCUGGUUUUGGUGGGACACUCCAUCGGUUGUUACAUUAUUCUGGAGAUAAUGAAGAGAAACCCUGAACUCAAGGUCCUGAAGGCUGUCAUGCUGUUUCCUACAAUCGAGCGCAUGGCUCAGACGCCUCAGGGGAAGGUGAUGACCCCCGUGUUGUGUCGCAUGCGCUACGUGGCCUACCUGCCCCUGUUCCUGCUCUCGCUGCUGCCCGAGAGCCUCAAGACCAGUUUGAUCAAACUGGUGUUUGGCGGCAUUCGCUCCCUGGACCAUUUUGUCCUCCAGCCCACUGUGGGGCUGCUCAGUGGAGACAGCGCAGCCAAUGCCAUGUAUAUGGGCGCUCAGGAAAUGAGGGAAGUUCUGGAACGGGAUAACACCACCAUCAAGAACAAUCUGAACAAGCUCAUAUUUUACUAUGGAGCCCCGGAUCACUGGUGCCCUGUGCAGUUUUUCCAUGACAUCAAGCGAGACUUCCCUCACGGAGACUUCAGACUGUGUGAGAACGGAUUCCGGCACGCCUUUGUUCUGGACGCAGGGCGGGAAGUCGCCCGAAUGGUGGUGGAGUGGAUCCGAGGAGACCUGAGGACAUGAGCUUGUUCUUGACUUCCUGCGUCUGUCGCAGCAGACACACGACGGCCAAACUCACAGGGACCACCGAGUGUGUUCAGAACAAAUGGUUUAGCUUCAGAGAAACACAAAGACUAAUUUAUAUACCUCAUUUGUAUCAAUGACAUGCAUUAGAUUUUAGAGUCAGCUCAAAUCUAAAUGCAGUUGCCCUUGUUACCGGGGACUGUUGAGCUAAACUUUUGAUUACAGAGGAAAUAAAAAAAACUCAGCAGAAGCUUUUUUUAGGCAGCAUCAGCCUCCAAACUGAGGAGGGUAACUGGAAAGCACUUUGCUUAUGUUUGUAUGAAACAUAUAAAACUCUUUCUCUCACACAAUGAGAUAAGAAUCAGAAUCACUGGACCUGAUGGCAGAGGCUCCCAAAGCUGAACAAACUGGAGGGGCUCAUUGCUUUGCCUGAUCAGAGGUUGUCAAAAAAUGAUUUGCAUGUCAAAGAAAAAUAUUUUAAGACACUCUAGAAUCUCAAAUCAACCAGUCUUCCUUUUUUGACUGCCCCUGUUUAGAGAUAAUUGUUCUAAGACCAAAAUACUAGCCAACGUUUUGUUACCAAUAACACUUUCUGGUAGUGGAUCAUCAGAAUAAAUCAAUGAAAAUCCACAUUUCAAGCAAUCAGUAUUAUACUUCCUGUAUUGAGAUAUUUUAGUGAUUUUUUUUCUCUAUAGAUACUAAAAAUUGAUGCAUUGUUCUUUAACAUAACUGAAGGAUAUGUUAGCCAAGCAGAUAACUCUUUUUUUUUUCUGUGGCCACUUCAGGAAGCGCACCACACAACUCAUAAACCAUUUAUUCCUGUGUUCUUGGGUAACAUCUUUAUCAGUCAUGUCUUCGCCGGUGGAUUAUUGUGCCACUAAAAAACCAGAGCUGCCUCUUGUUGAAUACAGUGA